UACUAGCUGAAAAAAUAAACAAACGACGCGACCACCACUGCCCGUCAUCUUUCGCAAUUUUCUCUCCUCGCCACCGUCCUCGCGGCUCUUUAAAUAAUUAAACAAUAAAACGACGUAGCGUCCUCGCCGUCCUCGAAGCAUCAACCUCUGCUGCGUAGUCUGAACUUCUAGCGAGAGCUGUGCGUGCAAUGGCGGCCAUGACGCCGUUGGGGCUCGCCCUCGCCGCGCCUCAGCAUCUCGCCCUCUUUGGGCACCGGGCCACCGCUGCUCCUCGUCGACCUCGAUCGGGAGUCGGGCGGGCGCCGCCGCAGAGCAACCGCUGUCGCCUCAAGCCGCAGCUGGCGGUGCAGCCGCGCGCGCGGCGGACCGGCUCGGCCGCCGCAAGACGCGGCGGCGCCGCAGGAGUGCUGGAGCGGGUAACUAAGCAGGAGGACAAGACGGCGGUGAUCAGAGAGCGGCUCCUGAGCGCCGAGGCGCCGCCGCCGUCGGCGUACGACACGGCGUGGGUCGCGAUGGUGCCGGCGCCAGCUCGGGCGGGGUCCCCGCCGGCGCCGCAGUACCCGGGGUGCGUGGACUGGGUCCUGCAGAGCCAGCGACGGGACGACGGGUCGUGGGGGCCCGGCGGCGAUGACCCCUCGCUGCGCAAGGACGCGCUCUUGUCCACACUCGCGUGCGUGCUCGCGCUCGCGACGUGGGGCGUCGGCGGCGAUGCCGUCGCGAGAGGGCUGAGUUUCAUCGGGCGCAACUGGUCCAGCGUGACGGACGGCAGCCGCAACGACGACGCGCCGGCCGGGUUCGACGUCAUCUUCCCCGGCAUGGUCGCGCGGGCCAUCGGCAUGGGGCUGGAGAUCCCCCUGGUCCGCCAAGCCGACGUCGACGCCGUCCUGCGGCUGCGCGACGUCGAGCUCGACAGCAUGGCUGCUGCUUCUGGAGGUGGCCAAGAUGCUUUCAUGGCCUACGUGGGAGAAGGCUUGGGGGACUUGCUGGACUGGGACCAGGCGGCCGCGGCGUACCAAAGGAAGAACGGGUCCUUCUUCGACUCGCCGGCCACGACGGCCGCCGCCGCGAUCCACAGCCACAACGGCCGAGCGCUCGACUACUUGGACUCCGUUGUCGCCAAGUUCGGCAGCUCAGAUUCAUCAUUAUGCAGGGGUAGGCGAUGGCCCAACUGGACAUGACCCGCGGAGGUGACUGGCCAUAACGGCAAGCUCCCACCGCCCGGCGCGUCGAGGCUUACUGCCUAUUCUGUCAGUGCACAUGUCGCCCACCACGAUGGGGUCUGCGCCACCCGACAAGUGGGGGGGGGGGGGGGGGGGCUUGUCCUGUCAGAGCCUGCUACGCGCGAUGCGUCGGGGCACCACGAUCGGAGCGCACGUCGCCCACCGCACCAGGGGACGGCAUUCGGACAUCCCCGACAUCAUCUGUGGGGCCAAGGGGGCCCGUGGACGAAGGAGAAAGGCAGCUGGAUCUUGGACUCUCUCUCGUGUAAAUCCACCCUACUCCACGUUUUUCAGCAUUAGGAUCAGCACUAAAAGCAUGGUCUAGAAAAGCAUUCGUGUUGUGCACCCAAUCCUGAGAAUGACAACCAUUGUCAUUCCAUCCAUUGUACAUCCAACUAUGGUCAGCUACUGACAUAGUGCUAGAAAUAAACCCCUGUCCAAGAUCUAUGAAAAAAAGUGGAUCGCAAACACAUCACAAACACAGCACACAACAGAAACAAACUAUUAUUCUGUCCCUGUUCAAUGUAAUUUAUCAAAGAGAAUCA